GGGCUUGGUCUUGAAGUUUUCAGAUGCAUCUGUAGAUGAAUCAUAACAGCAUCAAGAUGUCGGGACGAUCAGGCCGCGCUGAGACCCGAAGUCGGGCCAAAGAUGACAUUAAAAAGGUCCUGGCGGCCAUCGAGAAGGUGCGCAAAUGGGAGAAGAAAUGGGUGACAGUUGGAGACACAUCCUUACGCAUAUUCAAGUGGGUGCCGGUAACAGAGACAAAGCAGAUAUAUCGCACCAAAUCCACAGGUGGAGAUGCUAGAGGACUGAAAGAUGUGGUCCUGGAAAACACUAAUUCUUUACUGGAUUUCACUGGUGAGUUUUGUGACGGUAUAUAA